AUGGCAAUAAAUACAGUAGGAGAACAAUUUGAAUAUCGAAUUUUACGAUUGACUGAUAUUGCUAAAGAACCAUUGAAGUUUUUAACACCUAUUCGUGGAUAUGAACAUAAGCCGCUUGUUUCUCUAGAACAAGCUGUCGAACCACUGACAUCUCUUCUACCAACUAUUCAAAACUAUGCUUAUUUGGCCAAACAGAAGUGUACUGAACCAGCUGAUGAUUUAACACAAGAUGAAUCAGCUGCUAUUAUGCUUUAUUCAAUGGGUUGGGAACCGCUUGAUCAAUGCUUUGCAUUGUCUCGUCUUCCAUCUAUUCCACAUCAAAUUGUUUUUCGAGGGACGAAAUUAGAUUUGCACAAACACUAUAAGAAAGGAAAAACAGUGGCAUGGUGGGGUUUCUCAUCAUGUACUACUUCAAAACAAAGUUUAGAAGGCGAACAGAUUUUGGGCAAAAAAGGUCCAAGAACAAUAUUCGCCAUCGAAUGUAAUUCAGGAAAAGAUAUUCGAAAACAUUGUUAUUAUUUAUCAGAGGAUGAAAUACUUCUUCUAGCUGCGACUUUAUUUAAUGUUGUCGGAUGCAUUGAUCAUGGUUCUGGUCUACAUGUAAUUCAACUACAAGAAAUUAAGCCACCGUUUCCUUUUUUGCAAGUGUUCCCACGUAUAUUUUUGGAAAAGAAAACAAUUGCUUGUAAGUAAUUAAUCACUACAGUUUUCAAGUAUUUUAGUUCAUUCCACUUUAAAAUACUUUCCUGUAUUGCCCCUUUAUUUACUUACAAAUUUUAAAUAA